UAUGCUCAGUGCUGUGUUUGUGUGCAGACUGACUUUUAUUCUCUUCCUUAUUUUGCUGUGCACAAAGGGAAAGCUCGGGAAUGGCUUCUGGGAUGCCUAAUGAUGAGGAAGUGGAUGUCAUGAGCAUCAAGGAGUUUGACCCGGUUGAGAUGGAAAAAAAAAUGUCAUUUUUAAAUAUUGACUUUCAUCAAUGUGCUGCAGAACAAAAUGAAAAACAUGCCGCCAUACGCCAGCAAUUGGGGAACAAGUACAAUUUUGAAAUGAGAAACGAAGUCAGGAGGUUGAAGUCUUUCUACACAUUUAAGAAACUUUCUUCUUGGUGCCCGAAGUUGAUGGCUGCUGCUGGUUUUUUUUUUACAGGAGUAGAGCUCAGUGUCCAGUGCUUUUGCUGCGGGCUUGUUUUCUGCACAGCAAGUCUGAGUACUCCUCCAUAUGAAGAUCAUAUUAAACACAAUCCUACAUGUGCCUUUAUCAGAGGCAAAGAUGUUGGUAACAUCUCAAAGUAUGACAUGCGUGUUCAGCUGCCAGAGCACAAUCAGGAAAAAUUGGGAGAGUUUAUAGAAGAGGAAAUUAGGUUAACAUCCUUUGUUGGUUGGCCUUUCUAUGCCAAGAUCCCAUCAGAUAUACUCGCCAAAGCAGGAUUCUUCUUUACAGGAAAAAAAGACACAGUGCAGUGCUUCUCCUGUUUGGGAUGUUUGGGAAAUUGGGAAGAAAAUGAUGAUCCCUGGAGAGAACAUGCAAAGUGGUUUCCAGAGUGCAAAUAUUUAAGAAGUAAGAAAACGCCAGAAGAAAUCAGACUGUACGCUAAAUAUUACAAUGGAUUUUCUGGAUUUACGGGAACGCAUUUCACUGAAGUUCUUGGUGAUAGGAUUUUCCCUUCAGAAGCAAGGUUGGCAAACACCAACAUUUUUGAGAACGAAGCAGUUCGCCUCGAUUCAUUUAAGAGAUGGCCAGAGAAUGCCCACGUAGAACCUGCGGAUCUAGCAAAAGCUGGAUUUUACUACACAGGACUGUCUGAUACUGUUAAGUGCUUUACUUGUGGUAUCUGCUUACAAUUAUUUGAACCAGGGGAUGAUCCCCAUAAAGAACACCUGAAGUACAGCUCGGGAUGUGGGUUUUUACAGAAACUGAUGCUUGUGAAACACACAGGCAUGAAAAGCAAAAGCCAGAAAAUGAGCAUGCAACUUCAGUUUGGAGUUUCAGAAACAAAUGUUAACGAUACGAAACAUGGUAAAACAAUUUUCUAUAAAUCUUCUCUUCAAGAGGCAACAAACCUGAGACUACAGCUUGUGGAACUGUAUAAUAAUUCAAGUUUCAGUAAAUUAUUGCCCUUUCCUGACUCCUCUCACCUUUCCAUAGAUCUCAAAUCCAUCUUUGCCGAUAUAUCUGUUGUUCUAAAGGACACCAAAAAUCAGCCCGUUGAGCAGCUCACACUGCCUGAUAUUCUUUCCCACUUGAGUGACAUCACCAUGAUCGAAGGUGAAGCUGGCAGUGGGAAAACAGCUCUUCUUCGGAAGAUAGCCAUUCUUUGGGCCUCAGGGUCCUGCCCCAUACUAAGCAGGUUUGCCCUCGUCUUUUAUAUUUCUGCUUCCUCCAUUGAAAAAGGACAGACAUUAAGCAAUGCCAUCUGCAAACAAUUAUUUGGGUCUACAACAUCUCUCAUGGAGUAUACUGUAGGGGAAAUUAUAAAUCAUUUAGGAAACAAGGUCCUUUUCCUGGUUGAUGACUAUGGGAUAAUGGACUCUGGACUUUCUGAAGCUUUAGAGGAACUUCUGCAAAAUAACCAUAUAAACAGAGUAAGUCUGGCAGUCACUGUGCGCACUGGUAAUGGCAGAAGACUUCGGAAGUAUGCAAGGAUGGUACUGAGCAUCCAAGAAUUCCCCUUGUACAGCUCGAUAUAUAUUUAUAGACAACUCUUUUCCCAUGAUAUGGAAUUUCUUAAGGUCUUUUUAGUGGAACUGAUAUCUUCCAGUACAUUUCAGGCUGCAUUAAAGUCUCCUUUAUUUGCAAUUGCACUUUGUAUUUUCUGGGUGGAAAAUCCAAAUGUGAAAAUAUCUGGCGAUGCCACAAUUUCUAAAGCAUUUCUGACUCAUACCAAGUUAAAAUAUCACAAAGAAACUAAAAAACUAGAAGCUGCUGUCUCAUUGUGUGGAGAACUUGCCCUCAUGGGCCUCUUCCAGUCUAAGUUUGAGUUCACAGAAUCUGAUGUUCAGACAGCAGGUGUCGAUAGUGACUGUGCUCUAAAAUAUGGACUUUUAAGCAAGUUUACCUCCCAGAGACUUCAUCCAAUAUACAGAUUCUUCCACCCAUCCUUUCAGGAGUUCCUUGCAGGGAAAAGGAUCAGCGAGCUCCUGGAAUCUGCUGAUGAAGUUCAGGUAGAACAUGGAAAGCAAUACCUGCAGAAAAUAAAUACCUUCAUAAGUGCCGCCACAUGUUAUCAUUAUUUCUUGAAGUAUUCCUGCAUGCAUUCUUCCAAAACAACAUCACUGAUCAUUUCUUACCUGUUUGACAUGCUGAACAACGGCGAUGCAUAUGACUGUCCAGCUGAUUCAAAACUUUACUUACAGCAUCACCCAGACCUUGCGAGCAAAGGCGAAAUGCUCAGUCUUUUAAGUAGCAAUAGACGUGGCUUCCACCACUCAUUUCUGAUCCACAUGUUAUUAGAUUUUGCUAUUGAAGUGUCACAAGAAUCCGGGUCAUUGCCUGAAUGCACCCCUAUUAUCUUGAAGUUCAUUAGUGGAAAAGAUCUUGUUGUAGAUUUGCAAUCUCCUAAUAUGAAUUUGUGCAGAUUUUUGAAAGAACAUCCAGAAGCAUUCUCCUUGAUAAACAGCUUGACGUUAUCUGUAUCUAGAAAUGAGCAUGCUUUAAAAAUGGAUUUCAUAAAUUCUGAGACGUUUGCAUCUCACUGGGGUGCUCCAGUGGUUGACCAAGAUUAUUCUAAUGCAUUUCAGGAGUGGCGCUGUACAAGUGGUACCGAGAACUAUUAUGGUAGAAAACAUGUAGACAUUUCAAAGUUCGGUUUUGGUUUUGAAUUGAGGCCUUAUAAAAUUUCAGUUCUAAAAGUUGAAGUCAUUGACCACAUGGCAGAUUGGGAGAAGAUCAUUAGAAAUCUAAUGGUGUUUCUGCCUCUUUCUAAUCAUAUUGAACUGAUUUUGAAAGACUGCCCUGGAUUUGUUGGGUGGAUGAGCUUUUGCAUCAAGCAGUACAAGACUUGUUUUCUAAAGUGCAGUAUACAAAAGGUAGAAUUAAGCACAGACGAGCAAGAAUUGAUAACACAGAUGUCUUCACUGCAGAGUCUUGAAAUAACAAACACACAUCCACCAGAACAUAUCAUUUUACAUCUGCUUAGAUUUGUGAAGUUGAAGGAACUGAUUCUGAACAUCUCGUCUCCUGAUUGUGAAGUGAUGUCCCUUUUUCCAGAUGAAAACCUGCAAAAUAUUGAAAGAAUAGUUUUCAAUAAUAUGAAUCUGAGUAACCAUUCAUCCCGACUAGUAAAAUUAAUUGAAAACUCGCGUAACCUGACAUCUUUUCGUCUGAGCUGUGACUGGUGCCCUGAAUUUGGUAAAGUAAUGGCUGCAGUGUGUCAAAAUGGGAAAAUUCAAGAACUCAGCCUUUGCGGAUUAUUUAUAACGAACAAAGAAAUUGUGCAUUUGGCCUCUGCCAUGCCGUCACUUACAAAUCUUAAAGUUUUGGAAAUUGAAGGGAGCCAUUGUGUGGAUGUUGAACCAUUAGAGGCGCUGGUCCACACACUACCAUCUCUUGUGCACCUGGAGGAACUGAAGCUACCCAGUGGGCCAGCAGUUAGGGAAGUUGCACCAUCCAUUAUAAAGCAAUUUCAACACUUAAGGAACCUCAGAGAUCUUUUUCUCACAAAUGAUGUUUUAGAUGACAGCAGCCUAUUGGAGUUGGCUAAAGAAGCAAAAGAAGGCAAUUUAAGAAAUCUUCGGAACCUAAACCUCUCUGUUAACCAUGGCAUUACGCAAUCUGGAUGGAGAGACUUCUUCCUAAAAUUAGACAACAUGCCAAAUCUAAAUGAGCUUUCCAUUAUUCGAAUAUAUACUCAUCAGUUUAAAACAGACCCCACAACCUUCAUUGCUUUAGUUCAGUGUGUUUCCAGGCUUCACAAUCUGAACAAACUAAUCAUGCAUGGAUGGCUUCUGGAUGAAAAAGACCUUGACAUGUUUGAUGCAAUGAAACAAAAGCACCCACAGGCCAAGAGCUUUAUGUUAAUGUGGCAGUGGAUCCUACCAUUCCGUCCUGUUGUCAAGGAAUAGAAAACAUGAGUUACAGACCACAUAUGCUGUGCCAAGCAAGACACAGUUCACAAUAAAAUAAAGAUAAUGUCCAUGA